CCUUGAUAUUCCACGCUUCACCCACUCUCCAACCAUGGCGACCCCGCUCCUACAACAGUUUCCAUCCCUCGCAUCCUAUCCACCGGCGUUUCUCAAGGACUUGCUGAGCUCACCAGAGCUGACAGAAGCAUUCCUAUACUCGCUCCCAGAGGUGCAGCAGCUCGCCGCAGACGUAGAGCGGCUCGGACGGGAGAAUGAUGAAGUGGCCCGCCAGAACCUCGCGUUGAGAGACGAGCUCGUCGCACUGCGGGAAGCGACGGCCCAAUCAUACAACCACGCCGAGGCGCUCAAGGCGCAGUGGACCGAGAUUGACAAGGCGCAAACCAACCUCUACCAGCGUCAGCGACCGUCCUUCCUUCACAUGCGCCUGCGACACAGUCUCACGGCUCAGGAUGACGCGAGCGAGAAGAUUGCGACGGCGUUCAUUGAGGGUACGGGGACGGGGCGUGACCGUGCACUGGACGAGUUUAUCGCCGACUUCAAGGCCGCGCGCAAGACGUAUCACAAGCGGGCUAUUUGGGCCGAGCGGCUUAACCCCGACUACAACACCUGGUUCUACGUCAACACCAAGGCGCCCGGUGGCCCAAAAUCGUCGUGGACGCACCCUGCCGACGAGGCACCUCCCGCCGGCGGCUUCGCUUCGCCCUCCGGCCCGCCCCCGAGCGCCAACGAGAAGGCGUCGUACCAGCCUAAUGCUUCCCAGCAGCAGAGCAACGACGGCGACGAGAAGAAGACGCGCGGCGGCCUCUUCUCCAAGCUGACGGGCAAGAACAACAACAACCAGCAGCCCCCGCCCCAGUACCAGCAGCAGCAGGGCUACGGCGGAGGAUACCAGCAGCAGCAGGCUUACGGCCAGCGCCCCAUGGGCUACGGCCAGCCGCAGAUGGGUUACGGCCAGCCCCAGAUGGGCUACGGUCAGCCCAUGUACGGCCAGCCCAUGAUGGGCGGAUACCCCCAGCAGCCCAUGGUCGUCCAGCAGCAGCCCCAGAGGCAGGGCAUGGGCGCGGGUACCGGCGCAAUGCUCGGUAUGGGUGGUGGUCUCCUCGGUGGUAUGAUGAUCGGCAACAUGAUGUCCAACUACAGCCACGACCAGUACAUGGACGGCUACAUGGACGGACAGGCCCAGGACAACUACGACGGCGGUGGCGGAUUCGAUGGCGGAGGAGAUUUCGGUGGCGGGGACUUCUAACCGUGCCGGUUAGAAGCGAAACGCGCUCUUGCUUGACCUCCGUCUUGCAGCGAGGUCGAGGACUUGCCUCCCCACUUCCUACCCCCCCCCCCCCUCCCCCGUCCCCCUUCCUCACCC